GCCCCGCGCCAGCCCGACGCGGAGCCAUGGCCUCCAGCCUCUGCCCGCCGUCCCCGCUCCUCGUGCGUCUGUCCGAGACCGUCCGCCGGGGCCGCAGGGGGCUGGAGAUGUACUUCCAGAGCCAGGCCUCGGGCGGCGGGGAGUGCAUCGUCCGGCAGGUCGGCCACAGCGCCCCGGACACCUUCCAGGUGGAGUUCAGAGAAAGGGCAGCUAAGGAGGGAGUGUUGAAAAAAGGAAAGCACGAAACGCGUAUUGACGACAAACUUGUGACCAUUUUCCUGGAACCCGCUGAAAAUCCAGUGGAGAACACAAGACCCAGAAUUUCUUCACUGACACAGUCACAAGCAGGAGCACAGUCUGGUGAGAAGCAUCCAGCUGAAGGACAUAUUCCUAAUGCCGUGGAUUCCUGUGUCCAAAAGAUCUUUCUUACUGUAACAGCUGAUCUGAACUGUAACCUGUUCUCCAAAGAGCAGAGGGCACACGUGGCCACUCUCUGCCCCAAUAUCAAAAAAAUGGAGGGUCACAAUGGAAUCGAGAAGGUGUGCGGUGACUUCCAAGAUAUUGAAAAAAUAUAUCACUUUUUAAGUGAGCAGUUCCUAGAAAGUGAGCAAAAACAUGAAUCUUCCUCUUUACAAACAGAAAGGAAAAAGGCACUCAGUGAGCAAGACUGGGACAGCUACAUUUUUCCUUCUGAGCUGGAAACCAAGUCAGAAGAAAAAAGCAACUGUUUUGAAGUUCCCUUGCCUUUCUUUGAAUACUUCAAAUUUACCCGUCCUGAUAAAAUAGACUCAAUAGAGAAAAGAUUUAGUAUAAACAUCAAAAUCCAGGAGAGUUCCCCAAAUAUGGUCUCCAUAGACUUCACCACAAGUCAAUCAGGAGACCUCGAAGCAGCUCGUGAGUCUUUUGUCAGUGAAUUCCAGAAGAGCACAGAACUUCUGAAGCAAGAAUGUAUCUCUAUAGCAGACAGUAAGCAGGCAAAUAAAAUCAAACAGGAAUUGAAUCAUCAGUUUACCAAGCUCCUUAUAAAGGAGAAAGGAAGAGAAUUAACUCUCCUUGGGACCCAAGAUGACAUUUCUGCUGCCAAACAAAAAAUCUCUGAAGCUCUUGUCAAGGCACCUGUGAGAAUAGUGACUCACAGUCACAGGCUGAAUGGAAUUGAAGUUGAUACUCCUCACUAUAAGGUUUUAGAAGCUGGGUUACUCCAGGAGAUAUCAGAGAUAGAGAAAAGGUAUGACACUACCAGCAAGGUUACAGUAAAAAGUCAGAAAACCUGUAUUUUGUUUGAACCUAAGGACAAGCAGGUAGAUCUAUCUGUGCAUGCUUAUGAAAGUUUCAUUGAUGCCUUUCAAUACGCCUCAUGUCAGCUGAUGAGAGAAGAUAUUUCACUGAAAUCUUUGAGCAAGGUGAGAAAGCUCUUACAUAGAACCAAGUUUACUGAUGACCUUAAAAAAAGGCAUCCACAUAUAUGCUUUUCUCUGGGUAAAGAGUCACUGAUGUUGAUUGGUUUACCAAAUCACCUUGAAAAGGCAAAGCAGUAUGUCUUAAAAGAAGAGGGAAUGUCUCCGUUGGCUGGAGAGAAAUUGAAUGAGGAUCACGAAACACCCAUGGACAUUUAUAGUAAUAAUUCAAAAGCAGCUUCCUUUACAUUCCAGCGCUCGGCGAGUUCUGAGGCUUCGGAAGUGGACAAGAAGGAAAACAGCUUCUGUGUCAUCUGUAGGGACACCAUUAGUAACAAGCACGUGCUACCAAAGUGCAAGCAUGAAUUCUGUGCUCCUUGUAUCAGCGAAGCCAUGUCAUAUAAGCCAGUCUGUCCUGUGUGUCAGACUUCUUACGGUAUCCAGAAAGGAAAUCAGCCAGAUGGAAGCAUGACUGUCACUGUGUCAGACACCCCACUUCCCGGCUAUGAAGACUGUGGCUCCAUUGAGAUUAAAUAUGUUAUCAGUGGAGGCGUACAAACAAAGGAGCACCCAAACCCAGGAAGGAGGUAUUCUGGAAUACAGCGAACUGCAUAUUUGCCUAAUAAUGAGGAAGGAAUGAAAGUUUUGAGACUGCUUCAAAGGGCAUUUGAUCAAAAGCUGAUUUUCACAGUGGGGGAGUCUCGAGUAUCAGGAGCCUCAGAUGUCAUCACAUGGAAUGAUAUUCACCACAAAACAAGCCGGGCUGGAGGACCAGAACGGUAUGGCUACCCUGAUCCUGCUUACCUGAAACGUGUUAAAGUGGAGCUGAAAGCUAAAGGAAUUGAGUAAGGAAACUACUGGAAGAAUGUCUUAACCCAAGCUUUCAAAAAAUAUAUUUCAGGAGGCUGAGUUAAUGCCAAUGUAAAUCCUUAUGUAGACACACCUUUUAAGUUUUUUCAUCUUAAGAAGUGGUUUAUACAAGAGUAUCAGCUAGUCUGUCAUUUCUAGAGUGAUACUUUUUUGUGGAAGACAAAAGCCCCAAAGGUUUCUGUAAUUCUGCUGAAGAGGUGUCAUGUCUCAUUCUUGUGUCAUCUUUGGGGUUAGAGGUGGGUCUGAAAUCAUCUUCUAUUUUCUUCCAUUGAACUACUAGCUGCAGAUUGCCAAUUCUUUCAUUGCCAUCCCUGGAGUGGCCCUUUAGUUUUUUUGUUUGUUUUCAUUUUAAUCUCUACCUGUUAAAGUGAACUUCUAGUGUAAAUGGCGGGGGGGGGGGGUGAAGACUUUGGUUAUAGAAAAUUAGAGACCCAUAUUCCCCUCCAUUCCCCUUCGCAAGAUAAGUGGCCAGUAGCAGAGACUGAGCAACCUUUGGUAAUAAAUGGAAUAAGACUAUUAUUUUUAAUGACACAGCACCUGGUAUACAGUUGGUGUCUGUCUUAAUCCAUUUGUGUUGCUAAAAGGAUUACCUGAACUAGGUAAUUCAUAAAGAAAAGAGGUUUAUUUGGCUCACAAUUCUGCUGGCUGGAAGACUGGGCAUCUGGUGAAGGCCUCAGGCUGCUUCUACUUAUGGAAGAAGCAGAGAGGAAGCAAGACCAGAGAGUGGGAGGGUGCCAUGCUCUCAGUAACUUAACCAGUUCUGGUGGGAACGAAUAGAGUGGGAAUUCACUCAAUAUCACAAGGAGGACAGAACCAAGCCAUUCAUGGGGGAUCUGCACCCAUGCCCUAAACACCUCCCAUUGGGCUCCGCCUCCAACAUUAGGAAUCAAAUUGCAGCAUGAGAUUUGGAGCCAGAGCCAAACAAACCAAACUGUAACAGUGCUUAAUAAAUCUUAAUCUUAAUCUUGCCUGACUUAAAUUGCUAGUAACCCAGCAGAGGGAUAUAUGCUCCCUAAAUGUUUGGCAGAGGUAGGAGUAAGGAAUCCAUUUCUGGAGUCCUCACCAUUGAUUUGGAAAACUGAGUUUCUUUCUUUUUUUUUUUUAAGAGACAAAGUUUCAAUAUGUUGCCCAGGGUGGACUUGAACUCUUAUGCUCAAGCAAUCCUCCCACAUCAGCCUCCCCAGUAGUUGAGACUACCUGCACGUGCUACCAUGCCCAGUUUGUGAGUUCCUUACUCUGGAACACUCGGUGCCUGAAGUCUGACCAGGCUCCUAACUUGAAUCUUUUCUUCCUCUUCCUUGUAACCUGGUAUUUUGGGUGCACUUGCCCUGCCACAGUAAAGCUACAUGUUUCUGAACAUUGUUUUCCUCUGGAUAUUUUUAUAUUUUUUGGUAUAACUCAUUUACAGGUUUAACAGAUACAUAACCUUACUUUCAUUUCAAUCUUCUAGCAUUUUAUAGUACCUGUAGCCCUCAUUCUAUUAGUUUUUUAUCCCUUUACUAAGUCCCUCCAAUUUAUGUUAUUGUCCUUAAAAUCUUUCUCCCUGAUACUCUCUCUGGAAAGAAAAAAAGGUGAGGGUUGAGCCAUAUAUGACAUGUCAAAUUUUACUUUUAAAUGGUUCUCCAAGUAAUAUAAAAAUUAUCAUAGCAAAUUCUCUGGUUAUCUGUGUCCUAGCCUCCCUCCAAAAAUGGCAAACAAGAUGUCAUCUUCAAGGCCGGGCGGUGGCUCACACCUGUAAUCCUAGCUCUCUGGGAGGCCGAGGCGGGCGGAUUGCUCGAGGUCAGGAGUU